AAAAUUUCAAAAUGUCAAUCUCUUACAAAGAUUCCAACAGACAACAUCUAUAAUAGAAAAGAAUAUUUUUCUUUUCAAAGCCUGCGAAGAUGUGGAUACAGUUACUUCUAUUAUUGAUUACUUAUAUAAUGCUAGUAUAAAAAUAAUGUUUGAUAGAGACUCAUUUACUUGUGGUGAUUUAAGCAUAAUAUAUGCGAUGAAUAUUAUAUGUGAAGAACCUGAACUUCCAUUACUUUUGAUAACUGCCCUUAUCAAGAACUCUGAGAUGAAUAUAUAUUUUAGCCAUGCAACAACUGAUAACAUCAUUGAAAUGAUUUUGCUAGAAGAUUCAGACUUGUAUGCAGUUAUUAGUUACUUAAAGAUUAAACCUUCUUCUCUAUCAAAGAUAACCACAAUUUUUGUCCAAGAAUCAAUAAAAGAAACAUUUUUAUGGCUUAUAAAAAAACAUUUAGAUUUUGCCCGGUGUAUGACUUUGCCCAUAUCUGUAUUUCAUAAAAGACAAGAAUUAAAAUCACUUUUCAAACCUCGAGUUUUAAAUAUAGUAUCUAUAUGGUCAGAAGACAUAAUAGCUGCAAAAGAUUUAGCAGUGUCUUUAAAUAGAGAUAUUUUAUUCAUAAAUUCACACAUGGAGAUUUGCAGUGGUGUCAAGUUUGCUUUCAAAAUCCAUCCGUAUUACGAUGUGUCUUCUGAGAUUUAUAAACUAAGUCCAAAAGAUUAUACGUAUACGGUCCACAAAAGUCUAAUAAAAUGUGCACUUCAUUCAUCAUAUAACCUUUUUUAUGAUGGUACAUGGCAAAUUCCCAUAAAAGGAAAAUAUUGGGAGAAACAGAAUGAAACUGAAAUCAUUAUAUAUGCAAACGCAACCAAGGAUGAUGUAAUGAGAUGUUUGCUAUCAGCUAGUGAAGCAUUCACAAUUUGGAGUACUUGGUCCAUGACUUCUAGAAUAGAAGCAUUGUAUAGACUCGCGUCUGUAUUAGAAUGCUGUGGGAAAUAUUCAUUAGCAGAAACAGUAUUACAAUGUAUAAAAUUACCAGAUAUAUCUGAAAAUAAAUUAUUCUACUAUCAAGAUGAAAGACUAGAAGUGAGCAAUAUAUAUAAACCACAUGGUGUUGUGUGGAUACGAGAUUGUGAUGAAUCGAAUCUGUUUAAUUAUCUGACACGGCUUUUAAUUAAGGGCAAUUGUGUUAUUGUGAUAUCUGAUGAAUAUUCAAGUACUAUAGCACCAUACUGUAACAUGUUUAUUACAGCUAAAAUACCUCCAGGUGUUAUAAAUUUGUUAUCCUUUAAGAAUGCAUUUAAAACUUAUGAAAAAGUUAAAACACAUAUGAAACACUUUUGUUCUUUAAUGAAGUAUAUUAUACUCCCUCUUCAAUAAUUUUAAAACAUUAUCUGCUAAUAUUUUUCUAUGUAAAAUUAACAUAUAUUUAUAAAAUUAUAUUCAUAUUUUAAAUGUUAUUUCUUAAUGUUUAUUAUUAUAAUACAUUGUCACACAUACAUAUCUUUGGUGUCAUUUAAGAAUUAACAUUUUAACAUAAAAAUAAAUUUUAUAUUGAAUAAUUUAA